GUUGCGUUCAGUCCGACGGUAGCGUGCAAAGGGCAUAGUUUGGCAACGCAGAGAGAAGUUAACUAGUUACUUUUCAGCAGAUUUCAAUAAAAAGCCAAUUUAUAUAGUGACAGUUGUGUUGAUUUCAAUCAUUUAACGCCGAAUAUUUCGACCUCAGUCGUCGCGCAUCUUAAACAUUCGGUAUUUAUAUACAUCGCUACGUUGCGAGCCGUUUCUAUUCGCGAGGUGAUUUCAAAAGCGCCUGUCGCAUGUGCUCAAGUACUAACGGAUUUGGAAAAGUGAACAAUUGAACUAUUUGAAAAUCAAAUAUUUCUGGGGUUUGAAGUAAAGUGGUAAAACAAAAACAAGUUUUAUAGCACAGUCGCAGCAGCAGCAAUAAGAGCAAAUAAGGCGCAAAUCAUUACCGCCGUACAUCCUCUCUUACACAUUCAUCACCCAGCACAGUGCACUCACAUCCACACACAUACUUGCACCAAAGCACCGUCGGAGUACUUCGCUGAUCAGGAUGAGACGUUGUCAUUUAAUUGCGCUGUCGAUUGGCGUGUGUGUGGCAGCAUUGGCGCUGUUACCCGCCACCGUUUGCGCCACCACAGAAGUACAGGAGACGCCACUGGCGUUGCCCGUCGCCGAUCAAACACAACCGACCACGGCAACACAGGGUGAAAUUUGGGAAGAAGAUGAUCACGAGAUUUUGAUACGGAACGAACGCGGCACAAAGAGCGAUGGUCUCUCCUGCCGUUAUGGAAAAAAUCCAUGGACUGAAUGUGACCAGAAAACCAAUACACGCUCACGAACGUUGACAUUGAAAAAAGGCGAUCCGGCAUGCGAUCAAACGCGAACCAUACAAAAGAAAUGCAAAAAAGCCUGUCGAUAUGAGAAGGGUUCCUGGUCUGAGUGUGCUACCGGUCAAAUGACACGCGCUGACAAAUUAAAGGUGACUAGCGAUCCAUCGUGCGAAGCAACACGUGUCAUCAAGAAAAAUUGCAAACCUGGCAAAUCCAAGGAUAAGAGCGCCAAAGAGCAACGCAAGAAUAAGGAAAAAGGUGUACGCAAAGCACGCGCUUAAGUCCCCAACAACACACUACAAACCCAGCGAACAGUUUCAAUUUCAAUUCAAGAGAUAUAAAACUGAAUUAACUGAGACAGAAUGCAACAUAAAACGCAUACAAAUAUCGUCACAUACAUACAAACAUAUACGAAACAAUACAAAAAGAUGAAAUUCGCCAAAUGGGAAACGAUCAUUUAAUAUUUAAAAUCAAACCGAUAUACUAAUAACUGACAGACAUCUUACAAACACACACACACACACACAACAGUAAAGCAAAAAGUGAAACGAAUAAGUAAUAGAUAAAGACAUAAAACAGAAAAUAAAAUAAAAUCAGACUUACAAAGUUACAUAAAAUUAACCAAGAAAUGCAUAGCUACAGCAAGAGAAAUAAUUAUAAAAGUGAAAACCCCAAAAACCUUAAAAAAGUACUAUUUAUAGAGAUCUCCAGAAUUUGAUUACAAAAAUAGUAAACACUGAAAAAUACGUUUAAAGUAAAAAAUACAACAGACUUAUAUACCAUAUAUACAUUAAGAGUUGCUAAAAACAGAAGAGUUGCAAUUACAUACCAAAACAAAAAUACAAAAACUACAAAACCCAGACAAAAAACAAAAAGAAUAUUAAAAUGAAAAUAAAAGACAGUAAAAUUAUACAUAUACAUACAUACAGUAAGUAAAGAGGCGACAGUCAAAUAAAGGCAGUAAAUGUGAACCCAAAUAAGGCAGCAAAUGCAAGCGAAUAAGGGGCAUGGAAGCGAGCCAUGGAGGAUACGCGCCGGUAGUUGCAGACACAGACGAAGAUUUUCACAGCGAGCGGUAGAGAGCAAGACAGAGAGAGAUAGAGCGCGAGAGAGAGCGAGUAAAUUAAAAUUUUAUUAAAACUAAAAAAUAAAUGAUUCAACAAAUUUAAAUUAAGAAUUACUACUUAUAUACGAUACAUUACGAGAAAGUAAAAAAACAAAGACAAAAUAUUGAAUGAAAUGAAAAAUAAAAAAAAACUUAAAAGUAUAUUUGUUUUACAAAGAAAGAUAUUAAGAAGAAAAAAAGCCAAAUCGAAAAAAUAAAAGCAGAUUUAACUUUAAAAGUAAAGAAAAAGCAAAAUUGAAGAAAUCCCAAUACCAAAAAGUUUACAGAAAAUAGUUAAUAAACAAAAUAUUUGCAUUUCUAUGCUGACAGAAAAAUUGACAUAAACACAAACAAACACACAUACAGACGCAGGCUGCUAUAACCUUUAAUGAAGCUGUACUUCCUCAGAAUUAAAGGCAAAUGAAUAAAACAAACACGCAUACAUACAUAUAUAUAUACAAACAUACAAUACCAUCAAACAGUAAGCAUAUAAUUCAUUUACAGUUAUAAUGCGCUUACAGGCAUUAAUCCAACGGAUGUGUCCGAGCAACGCAAUAAUGCAACCCAGUUACUUCCUUAUACCCUUUUGCUGCUACUCAGCCGAUAAUCUGCUGGAAUAUUGCAGCAAUUAUUUGUACAAAACGUGAUAACAGGAAGAGUUAAGAGGGAGUAGCGAAAGUCUGAAUCUUUUAGUAAAAGAUGCUUGUGUAUUGCAGAAAGGAUGUUACAAAUGCGGAUAGCAUCCAUUCAUAGGUUGCGAUCAUGUUGGAGUUGGCCCUUUGUAGCCGUAAGAUCUGCAUUAUCAAUUUUGCAAUUUUUCAUUUUCGUUUCUAUGCUUUGUGCGAACCAUGAAGAACCGAUUUGUUUUUAUUUGUGAAGAGCAGUCAAUCACUUUUUUUCGGUGUAUAAAUAUUUGGUAAAUUGUAAUUGUUGCAAUUUUCGUCUAGAGCAGAAUGCUAUCUCCUGAUAUAAGUAAACACUGUAGCAAUUAUUGAAGCUCAAAUGUAUAAAACAUAAAAAAAUAACAGACUUUUGCACAUUUAGCUUGAUUGCCUUAUUACAGGUAAACAAAUAAUUUAUUUUAUAGGCACUUUGUUUUUCAAAAAAAAAAUGUAUUUAUUUUUGUAUUGGUAGAUUACAAAUUUUGAAAAUAACAAUCAAAUUAAAUAACCAUGUUUCAAUUUGACUUUUUUUACUAUUAUUAUUUUAUUUAAAUGCCCAAAUCAUUUUACUGCGCCGCCUAAAGACGAUUUGUAGGCAGUAAUGUAAUUUGGUCAGAUUUUAUUAAAAAUGAAAUAUACGUGAACCCAUUAUAAAAUAUAUAUUUGUAAGCCCAAUUAUUAUUAUUAAUUUUUGUUUUUAAUUUAACAGCACAUUGGAAACAUUUGCAUAAUUUGAGUUUUUGAAGCGUAAGGUGCAAUUAAGCCUGUGUACAUACAAACGCAUAUUCCAACGAAAAAUGCAAGCAUUUGAUAUUCAUUUUUUUCUUGUUUCACUUUUUCAUAUUUCUGCAACGGCAUUUAACCAUUUCUCAAAAUUGCUUUUCCCUACACAAAAGCCAAGCGAAAAAUAAAGAGAUUCCAGCAAAGCAUACAGUUGGCAAGUAAACAACAUAAAAAAGAACAAAAAAAAAAACAAAAAACGAAAUAUAUAAAACUACACUUUUAAA